CUCUAUUCAUUUGAAGUAUUUUCAGGUACCUUGCUAUGAUAUAAAUUAAGAUUAUAUCAGUUUUAAACCAUUUAACCUCCACCAAAAAUGGUUGCAGCAACCUUUUCAAACCGGCGGUUGAGAUGGCUCAUCAUUGGGGUCGGAGCAGCAACCAUUGCAAUACCUGUGAUCUUCUUCUAUUUAUGUAGAGCUCUGUGGAGAAGAUACAAAGCAGAAGUGGCUAGAAAAACGAUGCAGAAAGAGCUAAUACAUGAGAUUGGAGGUAAUGCCAUGCUUUCUAUGGUGUACGGAAAAAUCACAAAAAGUAAGAACAGGGAAAAGAUAAGCAAUGAGGUUCAAAUGUUCAAUUUGGAAAGCAUAGCUGCUGCCACAAACAGUUUUUCAGUAGCUAAUAAGCUAGGAGAGGGUGGUUAUGGCCCUGUUUAUAAGGGAACAUUAAGAGAUGGGCAAGAGGUAGCAAUUAAGAGACUUUCUAAGAGUUCAGGACAAGGGCUGAUAGAAUUUAAGAACGAAGCUAAACUCAUGGCCAAACUCCAGCACACUAAUCUUGUAAAGCUUUUGGGAUUUUGCAUUCAGAGAGAUGAAAGAAUAAUAGUCUAUGAGUACAUGUCUAACAAGAGCUUAGACUUGUACUUAUUUGAUUCAACUAGAAAGAAUUUGCUAGACUGGGAAAAGCGCUUGAACAUCAUUGAAGGCAUUGCACAGGGACUUCUUUACCUUCACAAGUAUUCAAGACUAAAGGUGAUACAUCGUGACCUGAAAGCAGGCAAUAUACUACUCGAUGAAGAGAUGAAUCCUAAAAUAUCUGACUUUGGCAUGGCUCGAAUAUUUGGUUUAAGAGUGUCACAAGAAAAGACAAACAGAGUAGUUGGUACCUAGUAAGUUCAUAAAUGAUCUUGCAUAUUUUUAAAUUUUGUUUUCUGUCUUACACUUAUCUAAAUCCUAACAUCAGUUCAUGCUGCUGAGUAUGCAAUAAAUGGUAUUGUGUCUAUCAAAACAGAUGUAUUUAGCUUUGGUGUAUUGCUGUUAGAGAUUCUUGGUGGCAAGAAAAAUAACAGUUGCUAUGAUUCUAAUCGUCCUCUCAGCCUCAUAGGAUAUGCAUGGAAGCUCUGGAUUGAAGGUAGAGCCCUUGAGCUAGUAGAGCAAGCACUAAAUGAAUUGAGUUCUCAAAAUGAAAUUUUGAAAUGUAUUCACAUUGGCCUCUUGUGUGUACAAGAACAAGCAAAAGAUAGACCUACCAUGUUAGAUAUUGUUUCAUUUCUAACAAAUGAUACAAUCCAACUUCCCCAGCCAAAGCAACCUGCAUUCUUCAUCAAUGUAAUUGCAGAAGAGUCAGAGGUUCCUUACAGCAGGCAAGAACAUCAUUCCUUAAAUGAUGUGACAAUUUCUAAUAUGUCUGCAAGAUAAUUGUACCACUAUUAACCCCAACUAGAUAAUUGCAUUUAUGAACCCCAACUUACACUUUAAUUCUUAAGAGUACUGAAUUCUCAGUUUCUAAAUUUUACAUGUUAAGGUUUAGGGGAAAUCAAUAAGGUCAGUGUUAACCUGGCUGAAGUUCAACAGAUCUACCAGGCCAUGUGAGUUUUCGGUUUAUUGUCUCUGUUAAGAUUCAAUAAAGCAUGGCUUUUGCAACAAUGUAUGUUUACCAACCAUAGUGCACUGCUAUAUAUUAUA